AUGGUCUCUUCUGACCUUUGCGAGCGGCUUCAUCUUCCGAGAGGAAGCACAUACAUGGCAGGUCAGACGCAAACAAACUUGCAAUCAUGUGCAAUGGCUGCGGUGGUAGUGGCAUUGACGAAAGACGCUGAAACUUGUCCAUGGCAACCUUCCCAUGGCAGGCUAUCAGAGUUAGCCAUCGAGCAAUUCUUCGGGGCACUACGUUCCCAGUCGGGCAACUCUCAACUGACAAGCAGGGCAUACUUUCGUGCAUCUGCUAGGCAUGCAAUGCAGAUGUCCAAGCAACUCAACCAGGACAAGCCACUGCCUGGAAGGGAAGCUGCACUCUCCAAUGCCGAGUUCCAAGAGUGUUGCCACAACGCUUGGUCUUCUUCUGUGAUGUUUGUGUCGAAGAUCUCCGGGAUCUCUGAAGAAGAGUUGAAAACCUUCUACAAGAGUUCAUGCAAGGAUCCAAUGACCUUUGGAGGAGACGAUGAUCUUCCUGAAGAGGAGAAACCAGAAGAAAUGAACCCAGCUGACGAUUCCAAUGAGUGUGUCAAGUUCAUCCAGGCAUUGCAGACCGAAGCCGAGGCAGCCAAUAUGCAUGACCUGGAAGGUGAUUCCUUCAAAGCUGCUGUUGAAGACCCAGAAAUGGAAAACAUGCCGGACAGGGAAGACAUGGAGAAACUAGUUGGAAAGUCGUCCAAAAAUCAGAUUGAUCCCAAUGCAUUGCCGAGCACACUCAGAGAUGUGAUGUCGUCUUCGGGUGACUUCUUCAACCUGAUCUUCAGACUGGCAGUCAAGCUGAGGAGUGUUCCAGGUGGAGCCGACACUGGAUUUCUGCCCAAUGCUCAGAACUGCCGGCGCGCAGCACGUGGUUUGAACUGGCAUCAGCACAACGAACGUCUCCUAGCACGGCUGGAGCAGGAAAAGGAAAGCCCUCAGUACAGGAACAGAUCUUCCAGACUUCAGAAGUGGCGUGAGCUGGCCACUCAGGCCCACCAGGAGCUGGAUCUCCACCCUGCGAUUCCUGAACGUAUCCAGCCUGGGCACGUGGUUGUGUUCAUCCUGCCUUCAUGCUCCAGCGACAAAGAACCCCUGCUUGAAAUCGGGUUGGUGAUGAGUGUGUGGAAGGGCAUCAAGGAUCCCAAAAUCGUGGCCACAGAUUGCCAUGUCAACAGUUGCAUGGCCUUCCGGGCUGUCACCCUUCAAAUGGAGGACGAGGACAGGAUGUCUGUUAGCAUGUUGGAAAAGGCAUGGAAAAGCCUUCAGUCCAAACAAUACAAAGUUUUGAAUUUUUGA